CUUGUCAUGCCACUCAUCUUCCACCUCGAUCUUCGUCUGUCCUCCAGAAAGCCACCGUAGCUCUAGCUGGUGGGGCGCCGGGAACUUUCUCAUGGAGUCUGUUCCUGCGUCUCCUCCUACGACUACGACUCCUUCGGUCACUCGUCGGUUCCCUGAGUUCUCCAAGAAUGUUCCUUCAUAUCCUCGUUAACGACUGUUUGGCUUAUCGCAUUGACUCCAUCGCAUCCAUCGUCAACGUCAGGUGACAACACUUGGAGCUCGAAGUGAUAAGACUAGUGUUUCAUCGUAAUGCCCCUACAAGAACAAAGUCCCUGUUUUUGCUGAUAUAGGUGAAAAUGGCUGUGCUUCUUCUUCUAGCGGACGGCAUUUCGGUCACACAUAGUUCGAAGGUCAGCUCGGUUCUUUAUCAUGAGAUGGAAGUUAGGUAGUGGCAGUCAUCGAGACCCACGGAUCCAUGUUCAAUGACAACAGCACCGCUCACUAGUGUACAAAAUGAAGGAAGACCUUUCAGCUAAAACCUUGUCUUUCUGGGCGGGGGAUGGAGUUCUUACAUCAGCGCGACGCAUUGUGUUUGUUCUUAUCGUAUUUUCUAGGCCUGUAGAGUGGGGUUGCCGAUCCGAAGGAAAGCUCCAAUGUCACCAACGCCACAUAGCUGAGCUGACUUUCACCGAAAACCUACGGAAGAUUGAUCGAUCACUAGACUUCGUCCUCUCUCGAGAGAGGCUCGUUUGUACAGCCUUGUGUUCCUUUAUGGCAGCAAGAGGUUUCUUGUCGGACAAGUUUCAACCCAUUGAAUGAUACAAUUUUGCAUCAGGUUGGAUUAUCGGUUCGGACCUCAAGGAUUCUCUCUCUGGACCUCCAAUAUUCGACAGAGUGACGUACUUAUCUCGGAAGCCUGUCUGACCGCUCUUACGUAAUAGAAUAUGAAAUCUGGUUCGUGACAACAGAUUUUCUACGAUUGUGGCGAUGAGUUGAAAAGUACGUCUUGGCACUGGUGGAAAAUUGAAGGCGCGAAUUGCAAUACAUGCUCAUGUGCUCUCAUUUUUUAUUACUUAACCUGCUGCUGCUGUGUAACUUCAUGAUUGAGAAUAAAGUCUUGUCCUCCUCGAUCAUCCAUCCAUGAAGAUGCAGGACCGUG